UAAAACAAGCAUUAGGGUUUCGCAGCUUCCCAUUCGAGCUCAAAUCUUCAAGCCAGCCAGAUUGUCUCGACUGCGGCCGCCUCAUUUCCUCUCUCUGAAACAGAAUGGAGUCUGCGAUCAAGCAUGCCAUCGUGGUGAAAGUCAUGGGUCGCACUGGAUCAAGGGGGCAGGUGACCCAGGUGCGAGUGAAGUUUCUUGAUGAUCAGAACCGGUAUAUCAUGAGGAAUGUCAAGGGCCCUGUGCGGGAAGGGGAUGUGCUUACCUUGCUUGAGUCUGAGAGGGAAGCAAGAAGGUUGCGUUGAUUACUUUUCUUCUUACUAUGCUUCAGGUUUUGAUAGCUGGCUAUGUAGCAGUCUCCAUGUGAUACCUAAAACUUAUGUGCUUUGACAUCUAUGUUAGAUGUAAGGUGCUAUUAUGUACUUUUUUGUGUGUCAUUGGUAGAGACAAUUUGGAUGGUUGAGUAGUGUUGAAUGUUUGGAUCAUUUAUGCUUGAGAGAGAUUAAAAAUGGUUUGACUUAUGUUACCUAUUGGUACCAAA